GACCCCUUCUUAGCACCUUACACGUCAAAGAAAACAGUAAACAUGAAGGCAUCAUUUUUGAGCACGGCUGUAUUGAGCCUGCUCUCCGUCAGCACCAGCGUCCUCGCUCGGUCGUCUGUCUACAUGGUCUCCGAGACUGCAAAGAUGACUGCACAGUGUCAUCACUCUGAAGUCUCAUUCAACUCGUUCUCUCUGGUCAUGUCCCAUUUGAUGAACACCCUCGACACACACCCAAUCAUGCAAUUGCAAGACAGCUACAAGCAACAGGCUCUCGAUGGUGCCCAGGCUGUGUGGAAUGGUCAUCAGCAGUGGUUUUCCAAUGAAGAAAAUGACCUUUUCAAGCCAAAGUUACAAGGAAACCUCUUUAUUACUGUAGCUGGUGUACAGAAUGCCGAAGUGCUUCUCCCCGACUACAAUCCUGCCUUUUAUGUUACCGACAACACUGCCGAAGAUUAUGCAGCUCUUGCUGAGGAUAUUGCUUUGAACACUCAGGAGAGAUCCGGCCAUGGCUUCGUAAUGCACGCUUACACAUUACCUAAAACUAUUGAGGAAGCGUCGGAAAUUGUGUCUUCCUUUAAACAGAACUAUCCUGGUGUAGAUGCAAGCGUAUUCGAUAUGACAUUGGAAGCUGAUAAUGCAUUCAUUACUGAAAUGGAACAAUCAAGAGAUGCCAUGAAGAUCUUUACAACUGCCAAGGAAGGUUCUGAACAACGUGGUACUGAUUUUGUCUCAAUCAAGAUGACUGGUCUUCAGACUCUUCUUCAUGCUUAUGGAGCCAACUCUGAUAAGUACAUCCAGGGUCAGCACGCAGUUAGAUUGUUGCUGGAAGAGAACUUGAUUCCUACCUUCCAAAAAGCCUAUCUUAACAACAAGGAGGGUGUCUUGGCUACUGUUGUCCUUUCACCUGCUAUUGCCAACCGUUUUAAUAAGCGCGACCUUCCCGAUACCGACGCCACCUGCUACACAACUCUUUCUGACUGCGAAGAGGGAACUGGUGAUUGCAGCGGUCAUGGUUUGUGCGGUAUUGUGUCUGACUCUUGCUAUGCUUGUCAGUGCAAGGCUUCUUUCUUGGGUGAAUCCUGCGAGUUUGUGGAUUCUACUAGCGAUUUCCAGCUUCUCUUCUGGACUGGCGUUAGUUUGAUUAUCUUGACUUCAGGUGUUCUUGUGUUUAUUUACAACAGUGGAAAUAUUGACAAUGGAGGUAUUCUUAUGGGUACCCAGUCUUUGCCCAAGCAAGACUAAGCCAAUAAAAAAAACACACACACAAAAAUCGAAAAAAAAAAUGCCAAAAAAACACAAAACUAAUAAUACGAAUAAGAAUAAAAGAGAAGAAACAUGAUAUUUGAGACCUUUUGCUGCUGCUGCUGUUGUUUUAAAAAUGUGUAAUAAAAAAUACACAGUUACAACAUUGGUACUCAAAAUAUCAGUCAUCUAGGAAAAUCUACAUUGAUUUUUUUUAUAUACCUU